GAGGAAAUCUGAACAUGAUCCUGGAUGUUCCUCAAAUCGGAAGGUGUAGAUGUUUCAGAAAUAAUAAUAAUUGUCUGUAUAAUUUAAAAUAGAAAGCCUCAGCUGGAUGUAUCUAGCACUCUGGUAAUUAUUCCAGAAUAUUGAUUAAAUCUCAAGAGACCUGGAUGUAAAUGAAAUCUGAAGACUCAACCGUAAAAAGUCCUCCAGAUGUUUCUGAAGUGUGGAAUAUCUUUCUUGGAGAAGCUCCACUGUAGUGCAGUGGGCUGUUAUGAGGAGACUCAGAGAGGAGUUUAAGACUUGAUCUGACUGACUGCAUAUGAACGCAGCUCUGAUGCUGCUGAAGUUUGUCAUCCUUUUCUGCUGUUUCAUCAGCAGCUGGUCAGCACCAUGGAGACCAUGCACAGGUACACUUCCACACCUAGAACAGCAUCUGUUACCUCUGGACCUGCUGCAUAGUGUCCUUCCUGUUGUAGGCAGUCACCAGACUCAGGUCCGGAUGGUUCAAUCCCAGGGUUCAAGAGGACUGAAGCUCUCCGGACCUCCAAAGGCUCUGAGUUUCCCAUCAUCAGAGAUCUUCACCAACUGCAACUUCUUUCCUGCUGAGUUCUCCAUUGUGGUCACACUGAAGAUCCCCAACAUAAAUCCUGAUAAAGAUGAAUACAUAUUCACUCUUUUGGAUGGAGAUUCGGAUGAGCUGCUUGUCGGUCUUCGUCUUGCCCAUGAUAAAGUGCACUUCCUACAGCGGAUAGAUGACAGGAUGGAGCGUGUGACCUUCAGGCAGGUGAACAUGGCAGACGGACACUGGCAUACAAUGGUGCUUGCACUCAGUGGCCACUACGCCGUACUCACUCUGGACUGUGGCAUUCCAGUUGAGCUGCAGCUGGAGAAGCCAUUUCCUGAGCAGCUGUACAUAGCUGGCUCCAAAUUCUUCAUUGGCAGCAGGAGGAGAUGGAGUGGCCUGUUCUCUGGUUUGAUUAGACAGCUUGUCCUCAUGCCAGGAUCAGAUGCGUCCUCUCGUCUGUGUCCCUCGUCUGAUCCCACACUGUCUGUUCUAUCAGUUCCUCAGAUUCUCUUACACUUGCCAGUCAAACCUCCAACCAAUCAGCUUCCACUUUACCCCUAUGAGGCAGAGUUGCGUGUUAGUCAGCGUGUUCCUCCGGUGUGUGUUAGUGCUGUAGUGGGCCAGUUGUGGUUCAGCACUGAGAAGAGAUCACUGUUCCUAUGUAAUGGUACUACGUGGAUCACCAUGCUGCAUGAAAAAGAGAAGCUGGAUUAUGUUGAAGAUCAUCAGGACCUCUUCACAAACUCGGAGACAUUUGAUAUUGAGGUUUUUCAGCUCCCAUCUUUUGGUUUGUUCAUCGCUACAGCAAAUCGUGACUCUAGCUAUGGUUCAGCCAUUUACAGGUGGACCAAUGGCAGAUUCGAGCGAUUUCAGAACAUCAACACUUACGAUGCUCAAGCAUGGAAAUUCUUCACUGUGGGAAAAAAGAGGUUCUUGGUCGUGGCAAACUCCAGAAGAAGUAACAGUAACAAGUGUGAGCUCUCUGUGAUUUAUAAAUGGAGAAUGAAGAAACAGUGCUUUGUUGAGUAUCAGAAGAUUGAAACACACAGUGCUCGCGACUGGGAAGCUUUCCGUAUCCAAGACGACAACUUCCUCGCUGUGGCUAAUCACAGAGAAGGCGAGAUGAACCACAACAUUGACAGUGUGAUCUACAGGUGGAACCGACAAACCAGGAAGUUUGAGGUGAAUCAGACCAUCUCAACAUCUGGAGCCUAUGACUGGGAGUUCUUCACCAUCGGAUUGUACCACUUCCUGGUGGUAGCCAACACCUUUAAUGGCAAAUCCACGGACAUCAGCUCCACCAUCUACAUCUGGAUGGGAGGAAAAUUCCAGCCAUUUCAGUACAUAACGACAUUUGGAGCAAUUGACUGGGAGAUGUUUCAAAUCGAUAACAGGUUCUUUCUGGCUGUAGCAAACUCUCAGAAGUUCAGUGAAUCCAGCACAGUUAUCUACAACAUCAACUCCACCAUCUAUGAACUUAACACCACCUCACAGAGCUUCAUUAAGUUCCAGGAUAUAGCAACAAGCAGUGCUUUGGAUUGGGAGUUCUUCACUGUGGGUGAUGAUAAAUUCCUGGUGGUGGCAAACUCAUAUGAUGGAGCUUCAUACUCCUUAAACAGUGUUGUAUAUAGGUGGCAGGGUUAUGAGGGAUUUGUGCCUGUGCACAGACUAAACACGCAUGGAUGCAGAGACUGGGAAUUCUUCACUUCCUCUGAUGGAUCUUACCUCAUUUCCUCCAGCGCCAGAGCUGCAUACUCCAAAGUGCUCAAGCUGAAAACCUACUUCCAGCGCUGAGUCCUAAAAUCUACAAUAUCAGGAUAAACACCUCAUUCACAUUACAGGAUAUAUACAGCAUUACAUUAUGACCUGAGUCAUUUACUCAUAUACUCGGAACCUCGAGCAUGACUUACAGGACUUCUAGUAACUUAAGGUGCAGUAAACCCCGCCUCCUCUGUGUUUUUUAUUGGUAGCUGUGUUUAACGAAUCACAAUUACUUUCUGCUCUCAGGAUACCUCUGACUGGCUGCUGGAAGCCAGAAGAAAGAGAGAAUUUUUUUUUUUUUUUAAUAUAGAUCAGUUUAGUAAAAUAAAUUUCAGCAUAAGAUAUAUAGAGGAGCUUACAUAGUGGCAUGAAGAUAUGAAGUUUAUCUUCGAGUGGUGAAUCUACUGAGUGAAGCGAAUGAGAUAAACUUCAUAUCUUCACACCACUGUGUAAUGUUCUUUAUAUUAUAUGGACACAUCCACAAAAAAACCCCAAAGAAAACAAAAACACAAGUUAAUCAAAAGAAUUUUAAUUUUAAACUGGUUCGCCAUUUUGACAAUGCAUGUCUAGUCAGCAGGAAAACACUGGGAGUAAUGUCGUCUGAGGGAAAUAUCGGGAAUUAUUAUCCAUCCAGGACACUUUUUCAAUGGAAUAAAAAUGUGUGUUCUGUUCCCUUCUAGCAGGUUUCAUUCAUUUGGUUUGAUAGCAUGCAAUAUUGUUAGCAUAUCGCUUAUCCUACGUGUAUUACGUCACUCUACCCAGUGGAGAAUGAGCAUUGAAUAUGGUUUACGAUAUUGCAUGGUUGUCAAGACAACAUGAUGUCACAUGUCAGAGACAUAAAACUUCCAUGCUAGCGAGCGACUGUGACAAUUUGUAAACAAACAUGGCUGUCAGGUUUGCUUCAUUAAAUACGGAAGAUUUUGAGAGAAUUUUGAAAGAGAAAGACGCAUUGAACGCCCGAAAGGGAUGUGUAUGUAUAAUAAUAAUAAUAAUAAUAAUAAUAAUAAUAAUAGUUGGCUUUUUUUGUAGUUUAUCAGAUAUAUUCCAUCUUCGAACUCAUUCAGUAUCGUGCUAGCUGAAUGGAAUAUAUCUGAUAGACCACUCAAUGUGGCGGCACGGUGGUGUAGUGGUUAGCGCUGUCGCCUCACAGCAAGAAGGUCCGGGUUCGAGCCCCGUGGCCGGCGAGGGCCUUUCUGUGUGGAGUUUGCAUGUUCU